AGUAUGUAUUGACCAAAAUGCCUUUGAAUGUGAUACGUGGGCUGAUGCGAGGAGCUAAACGAGGCAAUCUGACGUCUAAAAGAGGCAACAGGCUAUUCUACAAAGGUCGUGGUGCCAAGUCGACGGGAUUUCACACUAAGAAAGGUAGUUACAUUGUACAGCAACAUAAGGUGCCGCAGUUUAUUGUUCCAGACCUGACAGGGUUUCAGUUAAAGCCUUAUGUGUCUCAUAAAACACCCAAAGUUUUGAAUCCUCCUCUUACUGUAGACGAGUUGAAGUCACACAUACGACCCACUCAAACAGCAGACACAACAGACGAAUAGCAGAGUAUAUUAUAAUGUAAUCGAAUACCGUACGUCUCUGAUAUGAAAAAUAAAGAUAUAACACAUUGUCUUUCCAAUUCG